AUGGCCCGUCACAGGCAUAGUCCUUCUCCGGCCAGAAGCACUGUCUGCCGCCAGGAUCAAUGCCGUCACUCUGCUGCUGCCUUGCCCUGUGUUUCUCAUGGCAGAUGCACCUGUUCACGGUCCGACUUUAUCCCUUCCUGGCUGCAGCACGUGCAAACAAGCUACAAUGAUACUUCACCAGAAGUCCUUCACAAAGCAAGCCCUGGCCCUGAAGAGACGACAUGGCAUCCCAACGGCAUUCCGACUGUUCGCAUCCAGUCUAGCUGCGGCGCUGGGAGAUACCAGCCAUCUGAUCUCUUUAUCCAAGACACCCCAUUGCCGUCACCUUUGCCUGCCCAGACGAAUCACCAUCGUCAUUAUCACGAGUUCGAACCGAGCAGCGACCAUGACAAAGAUGUACACAACAGAAAGGGGUAUUCCCAUACCAGAACCCACGUCUCGACGCCGCCGGAAGUUUCGUCAGUUGAGCGUGACGUUUUCGAGAAGCGACCCAGACGAAAAACUCGUAAAGAUCGCUACAACACGGCCAAGUCAAAAGAUGUCAGAAGCCGGAAACAACAGGCAAAGAGAUCCUCUACUCGCGUAUCUAAGAAUGGGAAAUUACGGUCGAGUCGAGAGAUAAUGGCCAAUUUCAAGUCUGGCGCAAUCGCGAACCCUAACGAAAGAAUCACGCUGAAACCCAGUUUUACACCCGGACUAUUUGUCAAUGGCCGAAGUUCGAUGCCAUUCACGGACCUGGUGUUCAACGACAUACCAUCUCCUGACGAGGGCCGCAAAGCAGCCGAAAGCGAACAAUCCCCAGAACGAACUGCUAGGAAGCCAAAAGGAGAUUUUGACUGUCAAAAUGAAAUCGAGAUUCUCGCUAAUGCUUUACGGCGUCUAGAAGAAGGCUGCCCGCCCCUACAGCCCUCUAACGCGCGCAACAGCAGAGCUACUUCCAUAACCUCUAGUUACGAUUUCCAAUCUAUCCAGCGAUCGAUCACCGCUGAUAGCAUUGACGAUGAAACCGCUGCUUUGAGGGCCAAUACCAUGCCGCGUCAUGGAGAUAGUGACAGCGACGGUGCAAAUGAUAGACUUGGGGGCAACAAUGGGUCCUCACCACACCGUGACAACUACAAGCUGCAUAUUCGCUCCAUUUACAGUCUUUCCGCGACCACCGACCCCCAUUCGUCCGAUCUCGUUAUAUUGGAUAAUGUGCUUCCUUCAGACAGCAGAUCUAUACAAGAAGCCCAGAAAGAAUCUGCUGCAAGACAUCGGGGGCUGGAGGCUAGAGAGAAUAGCGACGAGCGCAACCUCGACAGUGGCACCCCCACCAAGCCCGCCAAUUACGAAGACAAGGGGAUCAUGCCGCUCCAGUCCAAAAGCGCUGAAAGCGUAGAAAGCCAGAUAUACGAACAGCCCAUAUAUCUGCCACAUGUUUCUGAAAGGCCAAACCUCAAAACAGAAAUUAAGGAUAUUCACCAUCCUCACAGUGAUUCUUCUCCAGCUUGGCUCUAUGAUAGGCACAGCACCCACCAUCCCUUGUAUCCGUAUUCAAACUCGGGUUUACCAUCUGUCGGUGAUUUUGAACUGUCGAAAACUGCCAAUACACAAUCAAGAGUUGUGUGCAAUGCCGACAUACCAGCGCAGCUGGAUCUCUCUGAUCGCGUUGUUCAGUUAUCCCGCGAGGCUUACCAAGACUCGAACAUCUUUUGCUCAGAUUCGCUGCAUCUUAUUGAUGAUUUACCUGGAGAAUCGCUCAGAGAAUACAUUGAAAGAAUGGAGCGUGAAAUACUAGGACCUGGCGAAGCAUCCACACCCUGUAUUGAUGACGCAUUGCUCUCACCUCAAGGCGCUUGCCAGAGUCAAAUUCCAGGAGUGACAUAUGCAGACGCCUUCAGCGAUGCAAGAUGUUCAAGUACUCAUCUUCGCGGCAUAGGAUCGGACGGUCAUCUUUCUCCUAGAAAACUGGCACGGCCACCAAUCCGUGAAGAACCUUGCUGGCCUAUUCGUCAAUAUCAGCGGCUUCCAUAUCCAGGAGAGAACCUCGAUCGUGAAGUAGAAUCAGAUAUAGCAUCAUUCUGGAGGCCAAACCAUAUGAUGUGGUGCUAA